GUAGUGUCAACUGUCAAAUGUCAAUAUGACAGUAUCAAAAUUCACGAAAUAACAUAACCUUAAACUUAUAAAAACAAUUUAUACGUAAGUCGUAACAGAAAUGAAGAAAUAUCUGCUUUAAAUCUUUUAUGAAGAUAUUUGUAGAUAUUGUAAAUUAAAAUUUAAUUUUUUGGUGUUGCAACGGUGAUUUCAAGCUAAAAUGAGAUUGAACAUACCUUUUUUGGCUCCCAACAGUAAAAAUGCAAGACGAUAUCAAAGGGAACCUGUACGAUUUCAAAUGCUACUUCCAUUGGCAUUGAAAAAGACAGUUUCAGGGAAAGGCGAUAUUACGAAAGAAGCGGUAUGUAUGCAAGAAAUGGCAAUACUAUUCGCCUGUUUCAAAAAAUCGGAUUUUAACCAACGGGAAUGCCUGAAGGAGGUUAGCGCAUUUCAAAAUUGUUAUAAUGAAUAUAGUGCAAGAGCAAAGGUACAACGCGAAAUGGGAAAGAAAGGUAUUCUAGUACCAGGAGAAAAGAAGUUAACUCAUAGACAGUUAAAUCAACUACUUAAAGGUUUUCCACCCCUAAAUUAAACAUGAAUAUUAAGUAUUUAUAAGUUGUAGUGCUAUUUUUGUGAAUAUAGAAAAGUUAAAUACCUAUAAA